UUUACUCAGCGCAGCUGCGUGAUUGGUCAGCGGGUGGUUUUCUGACUCCUCCCCUCACCGUCAGUCAGUCAUUCUGCAGCCGUUGGUCCAGAGAGCGGAGCGAUUUUCUGGCGAAGCAGCGAGAGAAGGAAUCUGCCAGGCCCCACGAUGAGUCAGUUGAAGGAGCGUUUCGUGGCUGUGCUCCACGAGAAGAACUUUGUCACCGAUCUGCUGGCGACGCUUGAGCAGAAGACCGGGGUGAAGAGGGAAUACAUCAGCCUGGGUGCUCUGAGUUUCCUCGGGCUCUACCUCCUGUUUGGACAUGGAGCAUCGCUGCUCUGCAACCUGAUUGGCUUCCUCUAUCCAGCAUAUUUCUCCAUCAAGGCCAUCGAGAGCAAUGUGAAGGAGGAUGACACCCAGUGGCUGACCUACUGGGUCGUCUAUGGGCUCUUCAGCAUCGUUGAGGCCUUCUCUGACAUCUUCCUCUCCUGGUUCCCCUUUUACUAUGCUAGCAAGUGUUUGUUCCUGGUGUGGUGUAUGGCCCCAGUGACGUGGAACGGUUCCGAAAUCAUGUACAAGCGCCUGAUCCGGCCGUUUUUCCUGAAACACCAAGUCGCGAUGGAAAACGUGGUGAGCGAUCUGACUGCAAAGGCCAAGACCAUCACGGACGCUGUAACAAGGGAGGGUGAGACAACCACCGUGUACAUCUGUUAACCAGGUCCUCAACGAAGACAAGAACCAUGACAAGAACCAGUGAGACACACCGGAGGGCUUUGUGUGUCUAUGUGCCUGUUUGUGUAGUUGACUGAGAGACUGUUUGUUUGUUCGCUCCCUUCCGUGACGAAUGAUGACCGUCCCUCUAUCUCUCUCCCCCCCUCAUCUGGUGAAAUGAAGCUUCACACUCAUCCAUGUCGCUUUACUGCCAUCGGCACUGCUAAGACAAUCAGUGAAACUGUGACAUUUUUACUAGAUAUUGUUUUCUUUCGUGUUGUGUGUCACUAAGUGGGAAGAUGUGGGUCGAUUGUGUACCAGCAGGUCUCAGCAACACUGGGGAUGUCAUCUUUAUCUUGUCCACUUGAGCCAUUUGAGACAGAGAACUGAUGCUGCUGACACUCUCACAGAAGGAGGUUGCCUUAAAAACAGCAUUUUCUAACAUUCUUAAAGUUUUACAUGUCGUCAGUGUCUGCGUUGCUCUUUUAAAAGCCUUAAUGUCCGAGUGCCAAGCAGAACUCAAAGUCUGCAUGAGCCUGUGUGAAGGUUCUCACUCUGUUUAACUGGAUGACUUCUUUCUUUUGAUAUGUCUUAAUUUAUCAUUUCAUGGUGUUGAAACAGUAAAACUGGAAAUCCUGUCAAACUAAA